UUUUUAUUUUAUAUUUAAUUUUAGUUUUAAAUAAAAAACAUGGACGGUAUUUCGUAUUUGAAUACUUUUUUAGCUGUACAUUCACCUCAACUACUUCUGUCCGGUGUCCCAGAACAUUUUUGGCCUACGUUGUCUAAAAAACUUAAGGAUCAAAUCUUCGACGCCGGCUUAACAUUUCAGCUGGUCCAAAUAGACUACGAAGGUGAAGAAAAGAAGCCGUAUGAUCCCCUUUGGAGCGUAAUAGCCACAGCAGACAUCCGUCGCAACGAUUCUAGUCAUAUUUACUUGGUAGAUCAUGCGUGGACCUUUAAGGCAAAUAAUAUCAAAGGUAGUUUGAGGAAUGUGCCAGGAUUGCUAAACAGAAUGUGUAACCUUAUGCAAAUCAACGAAGAAGAUACUGAGGACCAAAUCGAAGAAGUAUGUAAGAAAGUUUGGAAAUUUGCCAAUACAUAUGCUGUGGCUAAUGAAGAAGUCGCUGUCGAAGACCGAGUACCAGUGUGGUACGUCAUGGACGAACUAGGAUCAGGAAUUAUUCAUUCCGACACUCCAAACUUCCGAGCUGUUCCAUUUAUUUACGUGCCAGAGCAAAUGACCUACACCCUUAUUUUCCCAGUUGAAAAUGUUGAUGAGGGUGAUACUGUAACCAGAAACUAUGCAGAAGGACAUUUUGAGGAUUCCAAGCAAAGGGAUGCAAUGCUCAUACCCUGGAGGCAAUAUGAUAACUUCUAUGAUGAUUUCAAUCAAACAGAGCCAAGUGCUAAUUACUUUUUAGAAGGUCACAUUGUUGAAAGUCUUCCAGACUUAGACUCAUUACAAAAUACCCAAAUUCCAUCAAGAAAACUGAAAGUAUUUUCUGAAUAUGAUUUUAUAAAUCGUCACCUGACUGCACCUGAGUUUGAGGUGGUCAACAAUGAGGAUGAAGCAGACAUACUCUGGUACAUUAGACAUUUCAGAACUUAUAGAGAGUUGAGCACUUCUUCCCCCCAUAAGUUUGUCAAUCAAUUCCCAUUUGAGUUCAUAAUCACCAUCAAAGACUUGUUGGCUAUCGUUGCAAGGAGAGUUACAGAUAAUAAUAAACAUAGUAAAUUUGAUCAUCACCCAGCCUGGUUGCCCACAACUUUCAAUAUGAAAACUGAACUACCAAACCUUGUUGCAUGUUUUAUGCAAAGACAAAAAGAAGGGCUAGAUAAUCACUGGAUCUGCAAGCCCUACAAUUUGGCUCGGGGAUUGGAUACUUACAUCACUGACAACUUAGAUUUCCUGUGUAGACUUCCAUUAUCGGGACCAAAGAUUGCUCAGAAAUACUUAGAAGACCCAGUGUUGUUUCAAAGACCGGAUAUUGGCAGAGUUAAAUUUGAUAUCCGCUAUGUAGUUUUACUGAAAUCUGUCAGUCCUACAGAAGUAUACAUUUAUCAAAAUUUCUUUUUACGUUUUUCAAAUAAACCAUUCUCUCUAGAUACCUUUGAGGAUUAUGAGAAACAUUUUACUGUAAUGAAUUACACUGAGGGCACAACUCUGUACAGACUUUUGUGUGAAGAUUUUAAGAAUGAAUGGAGACUGCAAUAUCCAGAAUAUAAUUGGGAAGACAUUGAGAAGGAUAUAUUUAAAAUGUUCUCAGAACUCUUUACUGCUGCCACAGCAAAAGAAGCCCCAUGUGGUAUAGCAAAGAGUCCACAAUCCAGAGCUCUGUAUGCAGCUGAUAUAAUGCUAAGAUGGCAGGACAGCAAUGGAGAGAAGUCUAUCCAGCCAUCUUUGCUGGAACUUAACUGGAUGCCGGACUGCCAGAGGGCUUGCCAAUAUUACCCUGAUUUUUAUAAUGAUAUUUUUUCAGUACUGUUUCUGAACAAGGAAGUAAAUACUUGUGUCAAAGUUUAAUAAUACUAUUACUAAGGUCAAAAACAUUAAGUUAUAUUUAUUAUUAUUAUAAAUAAUGUGUUAUAAGACAAUUUUUACAAUAAAAUCAUUGCAUUUCUACAAAUUUCUUAGCUGAUUGCACUUAUAUCGAGGAUCAGUUCUUCUGUAAUAUUCGUC